AUGGAUUUUCCAGCCGAAGUUUCCACCAACACCUGUGCCCUAGAAGGCUCCUCGGGUAUAGCCUACGCAAAAUGCGUUCUAUCGACAGCCAGCAGACCGAACUUGUCAGAUACUGAGAAGGGGCAAUCAGAGAGCUCCCGGUGCAACAGCAUUGAACGUCUGUGCAGUGCUGAAAAUGAACUCCGGAAGGCUCGAAUUCUUGUCGCUUUAGACAGACCUCGAGCAGAGCUUUUCACUUUCUAUAGCAAAGAAGACUUACAGAGGGACGCAAAGUCAAUCUUCAAUCGUGUUGUGGCUAUUUUGCGCAAGAAUGAAUGUCAAAUGUCUUCAAGGGAUACCAUUAAGACUGCAGACCUCUUACUUCCUGAUCAUGGAAAGCUGCAUCGACUGUUCGUCUAUGCCAUUCUGUCUAUGAUCAAGUCUGAGACUAAGCAGAAUGAGAAUCUUGUUGCCCUUGAUAUCAAUACCUUUCUCUAUCGACUACCUCCGACCUUUCAACAGCAAGAUCGACUCACUUAUGGCUCUGAAGAUAUUUGGAGGUUGCUUAAUCUUGACAUCCAGCUACUACCAAACGGUCGAGUCAUAGUAGUCAACUGCCAGGACAGCGUGACCAGAUUCAGACGCGUCACAAGCACCGCCAAAAACGAAGGGUUCCAGCAUGGUCUCGAUAAGCCAAGUAAGAUACUUCUCGCACUGACAGGUCAAUAUGCUCGAUACACAGGUGGACAUAUUGGAAAGCUCCCUCGUCCUAUUAAUAUGGCAGCUCCCAAAGCCAAUUCUUCGAAUCAAAACAAGGAAGAAGUCCUGGAGAUAUACAAACAACAGGUCUGGAAGGACUCAGUCGGGCAGUGGCUUGCAGAAAAUGAAUUUGAUUUUUCUGUCGAGGAAGAAACUUGGAUUGAGCUUGAGUUGCCCUUAUGCCAAGCAGACACAGAACAUCCAAUCUCUCCUGAUGGCAUUGCCCAAAGAGGGAAAAUUAACUGGAAGCCCAUCUUUUGGCCAACCUCUCUUUGCUUCGUGAGCGCUGUGCAUCAAUGGUUGACUGAAGAAAGUGCUUUCUCGACACCCUGCUUUGAAGAUCCUCUACAGUUCGUGGAAGACUGGAUAUCUUCUGCAGCUGACAGGGAAGCCGCCAUGAGGAAGAUGGAGCAAACUGCCGAAGUAAAGCAGAAGUCUGGUCAAGUUGAAGAAUCGGAUAUGUCUCACAUCAAUAACAUUCAUAUUGAUGCAGGUCAGUCCUUCCGACGUGUGACCUCCCUCGAGGGACAAACGGCGACAAUCUAUCCCACACCACCGGACGGUAUGCUGUCACAGGUUACGCCAGGGGUCUUUUCUGCUGACGGUUUGGCUGGUACACCAGGUGAAGGUGCACUUCCUGGUCAGUCGGAUAGAGCAGGGGGGAAUGUGGAAACAGUCGAUCUCAUGGGAGAACAGGCAGCCAUAGGGUCAGGACUUUAUGAUGAAGAUCUCUUUGAGGAUGUUCCUGGCGAGAAGUUUGGUGAGGGUGAGAUGGCCGACGAGCCAAACUGGGAUUUUUUUGACGAACCUGAUGCUGAUAUGACAAAUGAGGACCCGAUGGAGCUAGAUGGACCGGAAAAGGUUGCUUCCAUGGUGGGCGAGGAUCGAGUCUUAGAUCAUAGCGAAAUCGAGCAGGCAAACAGCCAAGUUGCAGUUGUCUUGCCUGAAAGCAAUAAUGGUAUGCGGCUUGACGAGGGGGCCGUAGCUCACGAUCCUGAGCCCAUGACCUUUGAGAAGGACAGACCGCCGCAUGGUGUCGACGACGGCACCAAAUGCCAUGGCAAAUUCGCAAUCAGGUCGGCUGAUCUAAACAGCCAACCCCUAAGCCCAGCUGAGGUUAGAAAGAAGCUCUUUAUUGAUAUGGCAAGUCCGAACUGCUACCCUGGGAAAGGGCUCGACACUGCCCAUCCAAACCGGCGUUCUCUUCUCAGAAGCCAUCUUGAGCUGGGCACCUUCCAACCGGACUUAAAGAUCGCUGAUAGCAGGUACAAUGCCAAUGGUUCCUUUUGGUUUGAACCGAAGCAAGCAGGAAAAUCUUUACCAACAAAUAUAAGUGAACAACAUCUCAACAACAUACCACGAGUAGGCAUACCGAAGAGGGACCACAGCCCUCUAAUUUCAGGAAGUCCUGGAGGUUCUGAGCCUCCCAACUCUUCGUCUUCGAUUGAAGAUACCGAUUUCGACAGUAGCGACUUCUUUUCCGAGAGCAACAGGUGCGGUAGCCCGGGCAGAUCAGAUGGAGGUGAAGCGGAACCUCUGCCCACGUCACCCAAGCCAGCGGAGGACAUCCUGCAUCCGGACACAAAAAGCAGAAUUCGUGCGGAUGUGAUGACAAUUUUGGAGCUCCUGCAUCCCGAGGUCAACGAGCAGUUGUUCGGUUUGAACCAUCAGCCGCUGCAGCGGCCUCCUGAACCGAACCUGCCUAUUACUCACGACAGACUCCUGACAGUCGCACAGGUUGUAGUUGACCAAGUCUCGCAAAGCUUCUUCAACUACGACCGCCCGAAUGAUUCCUUAACAGUAUCUAAGUUGCAAAGUCCGGCCAUCUUCCAACAACUGCAAUCUAUCUAUGGAUAUGCUACCGAGCUAGACGUCGCAAAGCUAGCGGAGAUGUCCACGGCUACCCAGGAUGGAGCGGGGGGUAAGGGACUGACGGAAUCUCCCCCACCCUUUAUCCGACUCGCCCGCACUGAUAUUGAUAUGAACGCCUUGCCCACAAUUCAACCUUUUUGGGAAACCCUUGGCCUUCAACCCGUAAACGGCAAGAAGAAUAUCACUACAGUUUGCAUCCAUCCUGCCGGGCUUCACAUCCAAGAAGGAAGCUCAGCAUUCCUACAACGAUUUGGCGAAACCUACAGGAACUGUAACCUAGGCAGUCAUACGAUCGCAAAUAUACGAGAUGUGACAGACAAUGGCCUGAUUGAAUGGGAUGCCCGAAAGACGUCUGGAGUGCUGGAAUUGCUCAAAACCUGUGAACAAGUUGGAACUUCCUUGACCACUCUUGCCUCAACAGACGACAAUGUGAUCAUCUGUAUUGUCAAUUCCUUUAGGAAGAAGAACGCACUCGCCGAUGUUUGCAACGCAUUUGUGGCCUUGUUCACUAACUAUGCAAAGGCGUGCGGAAAGCGUAAACCCAAUGAGCUCAAUCUCCAGAUCAUACCAAUGUCUUUCAUUGCUUCACCGGACACAGUGGUGAUUCCUUCACAAUCAGAGUACCUUAGCCUUGCACUGGAAGUGUACAAUCGUUGUCCAUUGACUAUCUCUUCUAAUGCAGUAGCCGAGUCUGCAGCAGCCGUGACCCUUGCAGAGCCAGUACCAAAGGAUAUCAUGUUCAGUCUUACAUCUGAUACUACAUCUCCAUUAUCCAAAGGUGGACAAACCCUACACUUAGCAUACUCGACAAGUGUGGACCUCCGAUGGUUGACUGCCUGUUGGACGGACACGCAUGGCAAGACGGCAUUGACAAUGACUUACUGUCUUUGUCAGAAAGGAUCAACUGUAUCCCGCUCACGGUCCGAAAUCAUCCUUGAGAUGUUGGAGAUCUCCAAAGAUAUCAUGAUCAACACUCGCGGAAAAUGGCGUUUAUUCGUAGCCCACGACGGACCAAUUGAGCCUGAUGAAAUGAAUGAGUGGUCAACCCUUGCAAAUCAAAAUGCUUCCAAUAAGUCUCUUUCACAUUGCGUUCUCAUCCUACUCACAUUUGAUGAGCAUCCAUCCAUUCAAUUCUCUUCUACAACGCCCCAAAACAGAUCACAACAUCCACCAACCGCAGCAGUAACCACAACAGCUAAAUACGGCACUCCCGUAUCAACCCCAUCAGCCCUCGCAAUGACCUCCUCCCCGGAUCAGUUCACAGUUUCAACACCCUUCCCACCAACUCCGGGUGCAUCGUCCUCUUUAUUGACCGCUCCCACACCUCCCGAUCAGAGCAACCAUGCAAACAGCCAAUGGUUUAGUGCCGACACAGCCACCGAUCCUGAUACCACUCUUCACGACCCAACAGACGAAUGCUGGUCUCUCAUCCUCAACUUCGGGCUUAACAAUUCCACUUCCCCUCUUCACCAUGCUCAGCAUGACUUCCAGCAGUACUAA